CAUUUCUCCCUCUUUUCCUUUUGGUCUUUCACCCCGCUUCAAAUCUCCGCAGGGAAAACCGCUUUUAGCUCUAAAGCGGUUUUCCGAAGCUCCGGUUAGAUCCGAGCCGCCGGGUUCCUCCUUACCUGGUUCCUGUUUUCUUACACCUUUUUUCUUAAAAGGCUGAACAUUGGGUUGCGAAGGUCGAUCAUGGCUGGAGAGAAGAUAGUGGAGAAAUCCGAAGCUGUCACUGCUGGAUUGAAGUCUGACUCAUCCACAAAAUUGAUCAACAAAGAUAUGGGCACGGUUAAAAGUGGAAAGGCGUUGGAUUCAAUAUCUCCGGUUCCUCCAAUGGUUAGUACUGAGACUGGUGUCAACGGUGGUGUUGAUCAAGGAGCAGUUCCUGAACAAGGUUCAUACUAUUCGCUGGCUAGCUGUUGUGAUUAUUACUACCCAGGUUAUAAUGGGAAUUAUAACAAUGGUCAGAGCAUGGCAUCGGAUAAUGGAUUUUACCUCUACUAUUUGCCUGGCUAUACUCCGUAUACUACUGGAUAUAUUGGUUCUGACGGGAAGCAACAGCCCUACACAACGUCGGGAUACCUUCAGCAGCCUGUAUCGUAUGGUUCUGAUGGCAUGCCUUGUUAUUCAUGGUGUUUUACAAAUGGCGAUCUAACAUAUGGCACGGAUUCUAAAUCUCGGAAUUUUAAAUCCAUGGCUGGCUCGAAUGGCUCGGUGAAGUCCAAUGGUUUCAACUCUUCAAAGACAAACAACGCUCUAUCAAACAGAAAUUCAUCUUUGCCAUUGAAUCACAAGGCUCAGCAGUUUGCAUCAUCAAACUUUUCGAAGUCCUCCCCACAAACUCAGCCGCUCAAACAAUCAAAUAGGUUUGACUCGGGCUUUCAGCCCGGAUGCCUUUUGAAGUUUCCGUCAUAUACCAAUCAAAACCAAGGAUUUUAUAAUCACUAUGGUUCAGUUAACUAUCAAACAAAUGGUAGAGGCUGGAAUGGAAAUUACAAAUUCAAACCGAGAGAAAAUUUCAACAGAAAUGGAGCAGUUGAAGCCUCGACUGAGCUAACUUGUGGCCCAAGGGCGAGUGGUAAAUGCAGCUCCUCCUCAAAACCGUCAAGUGAAGAUGAUCAACUUAGAAUGUCCACCCUAAGGAAUAAGUAUAACAAGGAAGAUUUUAGUACUGAGUAUGAUUCUGCAAAAUUCUAUGUUAUCAAGUCAUACAGCGAAGAUGACAUUCACAAGUCUGUCAAAUAUGAUGUUUGGUCAAGCACUCCAAACGGCAACAAAAAAUUGGAGAAUGCUUUUGGUGAUGCUGAAGGAAAAGCAAGCGAGACAGGCACAGAAUGCCCAGUAUUCCUCUUCUUUUCUGUAAACGGGAGUGGACAAUUUUUGGGUGUAGCAGAGAUGACAGGGCAGGUGGAUUUUAACCAGAAAAAGGACUUUUGGCAACUCGAUAAGUGGAGUGGGUUCUUCCCAGUGAAGUGGCACAUAGUUAAAGAUGUCCCGAACACACAGUUGAGGCACAUUAUCCUUGAAAACAAUGACAACAAGCCUGUAACUUACAGCCGAGACACUCAAGAGGUUGGAUUGAAGGAAGGCUUGGAAAUGCUUAACAUCUUCAAGUCUUACUCCGAGAAGUCCUCACUGUUGGAUGACUUUGACUUCUAUGAGGAUAGAGAAAAUUUGAUUAAGGCCAGCAGGAGUUUUAAGACAGGAUCUGAAGCAGGUGCAUUCCAGAAUCGGGACCCUCAUAAGCAAUUCAAUGAAGGGGAAAAGGAAAACGAGGAAAAAUCGUUGGAAACUGGUAUUACUGAUUCUGCUUCCUCUCUCAUUGGUCUCACCGAAAACCUUUCUGUAAACGCCUAAUGAAUCAACCGGAGAAUGUGGUGGCUUGAAGGGGGACUCAAGUUGGGGUGAACUGCACCAUUUCUUGUGUUGUUGUUCAGUUUUAUGAAUUACCAUGUUUCUGUUUGUUGUUAUUUUAUCAGUUUAGCCAUGUUUCUGGGUUGGUGUUCCUUUCCAACCCUUUAAGAAGAAAGAAAUGCAAUUUAGUUAAUGUUGUUGUUGUCUGGUUUGCUAUCAAGUUUUUUAUCUUCUUCAUUUUGUUCAUUUGA